GCUUCAUUCUCAUUUUCUCCUCUCUCUGUUUUCGCUUUCGCCGGAGAAAAUGGAGACUGAGUUUGACUCGCUCACUGAGUUACCACCGCUUCCACCUUCCGACUUCACUCCCUCUUCCUUCACCUUCUCCGACCACCACCUCGACUUGUCUCUCUCUCAUGCAGACUCCCUCUUCCUCGACUCAACUCUAUCUCUCCUCAAUCGUCACCACGUCACUGAGUCAACUCGCUUCGAACAUCUCUUUUACGAUUCCGCUCAGCUCUUUCACAACGACGUCGCCACCACCAACACCACACCGUUUCUUCAUUUACCCGAUCUAAAAUCCAUCGAACAACCACCCGCCGUGGAAGAAGAACCGACGACGAUGAAGCUCUUUCCAUCUCUCUCUCCUCCUCUUCUUCCCGUCGCCAACCGUCGCAAGAAGCGUAACUCGUCUUCCUCUUCAACAGCCUCCGGAUCUCCAACAGCGUCAUCAUCAAACACAAACGACGGUGGUACUGGUAUUACCAAACGAAAGAAGAUCUCAGACAAAAUCAGAUCCUUGGAGAAACUUAUGCCAUGGGAAAAAAAAUUGAGUUUAGCGAUGAUUCUAGAAGAAUCACACAGAUACAUCAAGUUUCUUCAAUCUCAAAUUGCUUCACUCAGUUGGAUGCCUCUUGAAUCUGUCUACAACACUGCCGGAGAAGUAGGAGAAUCCGAUUUGCUCAAAUCGCUAACACGUCAACAGAUUCUUCAGGUUAUUGCGAAUUCUCCAGGUUCACGAAAUGUUCUUUCCUCUCGUGGUGUUUGUCUCUUCUCUUAUGAACAGCUUCUUUCUCUCAAGACAAUGUCGAGAAACCUCUGAAAACAACAACAUCGGACGACGUCGAUUGAAGAAACACCAAAAACUCUGUUUUGUUUUGUUUAACGUUUUCUAAAAUGAUCAUAGAAGCUGCAUAGCGUUUUAAUGGCGAUAACUUCAAAGUUUGAUAUAGAGUUAGUAUUACGCCAUUGUUUUUGGGUUUCAAUAUAUGAAAAACUUUUGC